AUGGUGGCAUCUUUAUCGAAAAAGACUUUGAAAAGUAAUAACCCAUCACCAACGAAAAGCCAUGUCCCAGAGUUCUGGAAACAGUUCUUAAAUAAUCCAAAGAGUAUGUCAUCAGAUUCUCUCUCACCUCCAAAAAAUUCACAAAAUCAAUCACUGCAGAAAAGACCAUCAAUGUCCUCAAGAGCUCAUUCUUUUAACACACCAUCAUCGAACCGUGAUAGAAAUUCUCCUACUAAGGUACCGACUAACUUAUCAAACUCUAACUAUAAAAAUUAUAGAGAUGCUUUCCUUUCUAAUAAAAAUGAUUUUACCGGCAGAGUAUUCGGUGUCUCAUUAUCAAAAUCAUUAAGUGUAGCAAGUGCAGAAGUGAUAGUUCAAAGUGAAUUAGUAAGUUUUGGUCGCAUCCCCAUCGUCGUAGCUAAAUCAGGCGCAUAUUUAAAGGCAAACGCUUUGGAAACAAAGGGUAUCUUUAGAAUUGCUGGGAAUGGGAAACGUGUUAAAGAAUUACAAUUUAUUUUCUCAUCUCCUCCUGAUUAUGGCACCAAAUUUAAUGAUUGGGAUGGUUAUACUGUUCAUGAUGUGGCUUCUUUACUUCGAAGGUUCUUGAAUAAUUUGGAAGAACCUCUAAUACCGUUAUCGUUAUAUGAAGAAUUUAGAGCACCGUUAAGGGAAAGACCGAGGAUAUUGAAACAUAUGCUUAAUCAUAAUGUCUCACAUCCAAAAAGUAAUAAUGAUUCAAGUGACCAAGUAGGGAAAAUAAAGGAGGGGGAAAAGCAACUGUCCACAGAUGAACCUGCUAACAUUGAAAAAACGACUGAAGCUAUAGGUGCAGAGAAAAAUGAUGUUUCCCAAUCUAAUGAACAGGAUACAAAAGGUAAUGAUGGAGAUGAAGAGAAGGAGGAAGGUGAACCUGAUAUUUCUGAGGAGAAAAGAAAAAGAAAAAUCCGUCAUAAGAAAAGACUAACUCGUGAUAUAAGAGCUGCAAUUAAGGAUUACGAAAGUUUAUUUACAAAACUAUCGAACGAUUCCAAACAAUUGACCAUAUAUUUAUUAGACUUAUUGAGCCUUUUUGCUAGACAGUCCCAAUUCAACUUAAUGUCAGGUAGAAAUCUGGCAGCAAUUUUCCAACCUUCGAUCUUGUCCCAUCCACGACAUGACAUGGAUCCAAAGGAAUAUGAACUAUCCAGACUUGCUGUGGAAUUUUUAAUCGAAUAUUCUUAUAAAUUGUUGCCACAUUUACUAAAAUUGGCAAAAGAGGAGCAACAGAACAAACUUUCCCCUAAAACUGCUACGAUAACCACAACAGAUGAAAAUAAUAGUACAGAAGUGUUGAAAAAAUCUCCUUCUAAGCCUAUUAAUAUUUCUCCUAGCACAAGCGCCAUUAAGAACAAUGCAUUAACAAAUAAGAGCUCAAGAGAAUUACUGUCCGCUUCUUCACCAAAACUGAUACGUUUUGAUUCCUCUCAAAAUACUAAUAGAAUUCCCAAAAUAACAAAUUCUAAUUCAUUAAAACUGCCGAAACAAAGAAGAAAUCAUUCCAAAUCAAUAGGCUCCGCCGCAGUACCUCCUGACGUCAUCGCAAGUAAUAAGAGAAGAACAAGAUUGUUUCCAUGGUUACACAAACCUGGUAUUUUGAGUGACAAUGGAGACUUCACCACCACUGAAGGUGAAGGAGAAGAAUACGAUGAAGAAAAUAUUGAUAUAUCGGGACAAUCACCUAUGAGUAUUAAUUCAAAUUCCCUCGCUGCACGUAGACAAAGCAAUAAUCAUACUUUACUAAGCGUUUCUAGGGCAAAUCGUUCACUAAGUGGGAACAGUACUACUUCAUCCUUUAAUGUUCGUCCAAUAUCUAUGAUCAUAACUGGUAACGGUAGUAGUAUCACCCAAGACAAUAAAUCGAACGAUUCAUUGGUAACUAAUGAAGAUGAUUCAGGAAAAGCAGUGUUUAGAAAAGCGUCUGAUGAUAAGUCAGCUACUGAUCGUGCCGUCCGUUCGAAAAAGAGGGAAUCCUGGUUUCAACGUCUAGCUCAUUCUGGGUCGUCAACAAGAGAUUGA